AAUGGACGUACCGCGCUCUCCGACCAAUCCUCCCGUCGCCUCUCUCCACAUCUGUCCCGGCGCGUGGGCGGGCGGAGGCUGCCAUUGGCCUCCGCCGCCACCGCCCGGACCUCGCCGGUCGAUCACCCAAUCAACCCACCUUCACAGUCGACGUACCCCGGUAAACGUGCACGCGGGGUUGUGACAUCUCUUCCGAAGAUGCAUCGCUGGCUCUCCAGCUGCGGCGACAUGCGGCCGGUCCGCCGCCGCGUCCAAGACCAACAAGACGAGCCGCGGCCGCGUCCGCGGCGCGCGGCGACUUCGUCCACGCCUCGGCUGCGGAAGACAAGCUCGGAGCCGAUGAUGCUGCUGGUGCCCAAGGACCUGGCGGAGUUCCGGGCGAUGUCGGCGUACGGGCACCUGAGGCUGUUCACGCACGACCAGCUCCGGCAGGCCACGGGCGAGUUCAGCCCGACGCAGAUCAUCGGCGAGGGCGGCUUCGGGGUGGUCUACAAGGGGAUGGUGGGCGGGGCCGAGGUCGCCGUGAAGAAGCUCAACCCGGAUGGCAUCCAGGGGGACCGGGAGUGGCUGACGGAGGUGAGCUGCCUAGGGCAGUACAGCCACCCGAACCUGGUGGAGCUCAUCGGGUGCUGCUGCGAUGACGACCACCGGCUGCUGGUGUACGAGUACAUGGCCAAGGGCAGCCUCGAGAACCACCUCUUCCGCCGCGCGUGCAGCCUGUCGUGGACAACCCGGGUGAAGAUCGCCCUGGACGUGGCCAGGGGGCUCGCCUUCCUCCACGGCGCCGAGCGGCCCAUCAUCUACCGCGACUUCAAGACCUCCAACAUCCUGCUCGACGCGGAUUUCAAGGCGAAGCUGUCGGACUUCGGGCUGGCGAAGGAGGGCCCGGUGGGCGGGAAGACGCACGUGUCCACGCGGGUGAUGGGCACCUACGGCUACGCGGCGCCGGAGUACGUGGCGACGGGGCACCUGACGGCGAUGAGCGACGUGUACGGGUUCGGGGUGGUGCUGCUGGAGAUGCUGGUGGGGCGGCGGGCGCUGGAGCCCAGCAGGGCCGGCCGGGCGGGGAACCUGGUGGACUGGGCGCGCCCGAUCCUCAUCCGGGGCAAGAAGCUGGAGAAGAUCGUGGACGCCAGGAUGGAGCGGCUGGGGCCCUACUCGGCCAGGGCGCUGGAGCGGGUGGCAAGGCUGGCCUACGACUGCCUCAGCCAGAACCCCAAGGUGCGGCCGGCCAUGGGCAGGGUCGUGCUCGUCCUCGAGGACGCGCUCGCUGCCAGAGUGGAAGACGACGACGUCGUGCGCCGCGAUGGUGGUGACAGCGGCGACGCGUCUCCGGCAAGGUGAUCGAUGUGAACGCCAUGUGUGUAUAUACUAGAUCUUUUUUGGUCGUACGUGCGGUGCGUACGGAGAGCUGUAGUAGGGGUGUGUGAUUUAAAUGUGGAGAUAAUCGAUUUGAUCAAUAAAACGCGACGAUGAUGAUGAUGUGAUAC